AUGGUGACACUUGCGGCCUCGAAGACGGUCCCCUUGCACCCUCUGACUACUGAUACUCUUGUUAGUCAAGCUCUGGCCGCGCUCGGCGGCGAGAAGGCCAUUGCAGGUAUUGAUGGAAUCACCGAUCACUCUCCAAAUGUCUAUCAUUCCCGAAGCCUUCUGCAGAGCUACAACAUGGACAAAGCAGACACAGCUGUCGAAAUCUCUGGCUCUCAGAAUGUAUCCUUCAGCUAUUCCUCGGAGUACUGGUAUUGGGCAUCUGCUAGACUUGAUGAGUUCGACUACUCUCUCGUUGUUUGCGGCGGUAAAGAUGGAUUUGCAUGCUAUGUUCGUGGAAACAAUCAAAUCUGGCUUCCUGCAAGCCUUACAUCCGGAUACGUUGAUGUUGAUGACUCAUUCACUGUUAUAGCUGCCCUCCCAGAGUCUCUCGUCCUGCAAGGAAACGUCUUUUCGCCAAAGCUUUUGUUGGAGGUUUCCAGCUUCGAAUAUGGCCAUCCUGAUCUAACCAGGAUAGUUUAUGAUCCCGUUCUCGAAAUCACCAUUAUCUUCGAUGCUUCUAGUCAUCUCCCUCACAUCAUCCGCACCGAAGAGAAUCACAUGAUCUAUGGACCUUCGACAAAUGACCUUAACCUUUCUCAAUACAAAGCCAUCGAGGGCAUCACAUUCCCCCACACCUUCCAGGCCUUCAUCGUCGAGGAAAUCACCAUCAAUCCCAAGUUUCCCAAGAACUACUUAAAUGGCCUAUCGGAAGGAAAAGGAUUCUUCCCCAAAGACGCGCCCAAGAGGACUGAGGGUCUAGGCCAUAUGCACAUUCUCGAAUUCAGCAGCAACAUGCCUUGGUCUGGCCCUGGGUCCGGCAUUGGCAACAACACUGUCGACAGUAUCAAGCACAAAAAUAUCAUUCCCGGUCUACCCAACACUCACUGGCUUAUCAUCAAUGACGAAUUUCUGGGAGUUAAGCAGUUCGUGAUCGAGUUCGAGGACCACGUUAUCGUUGGCGAUGCACCUCCCCAGUGGACCAAGCAGGUGAUGGAAUGGAUCGACAAGAACAUUGGCAAGCCUAUCAAAUACCUCUGGCCUACUCACCAUCACCGUGAUCACAGCGGAGGAGCUGCUGAGUACGUUGAAAUUGGGGCCAAGUUGAUCGUCCUUGAAAUCGCAGCGAGCUACUGGUCGAGCAUCCCCGGUGCAGAGCUCAUCACCUGCCCUACCAACAAAUUGGGCUUUGCUAUCAUUGAGGCUGACGUAUGGCACCCUGGUAUUCCUGAUGCCAAGAAUGACAGGUGGGAGAUGCGAGAGUGGCUCGGUCAGCUUGAUAAGGAUGGUCUGCCCGAGACCGCCUAUGUUCUUCCAACCUAUGGUCAGAUCAGACAAGUCUCGGAACUUAUUGAGCAUACUGACUAUGUAUAUGCCCCAAAGAGUGUUGGUGACUGGAAGAAUGGAUGA